CCUUGCAAGCAGAGUCCCUUAGAGAAAAAAAUUGUUACACAAUCACAAUUUUUCAAAUUUAGCUUGUUUUCCAAACAAUAAGGUGUUGAUACAAUAAUAAAGUUGUAAUUCUGGCGAGAAGAUUUGAAUACAUGUUUUCACUACGUUCAGCAAAUAUAUAACAAAUUAUGACUGAACAAAUGGGGAUUGGUAAGACUGUUUUAGAAAAUGAAAUUGAAGAAAAGAAGCUUGCACCAUCACAGAAGGCCAGGAUAGAAAGGAACAGGCAAAAAGCUUUACUACUUAGACAAGCCAGACUGCUGAACAAACCAUAUUCUAAAGACAAAAAUGAUGUUGGGCAAAAAGUCAAAGGUCCAGCUAAAAUCAUUGACACUGGAGCAGGAUUCUUCCUAGAGGACGAUGACGAUGAAGACAAACUAAUGGCAAACAUUCCAAUAAAGCAUGCUCCUGGCCCUGUUAUUACAGAAAACAAAAUAUUUUGUGAUGAUUGUGGAAAAGAAAUGCAGGAGUCUUACUUGAAAACCAAUUAUGAUGUAGACAUUUGUGAUAUAUGUAGGGAAAAUGAAGAAAAACACAAUUUAAUUACCAAAACAGAUGCAAAGACCAAGUAUUUAUUACGAGAUGCUGAUUUUGAUGUUCGAGAUCCUCCUUUGAAGUUCAUCUCAAGGAAGAAUCCACAUCACAAAUCAUGGGGAGAAAUGAAACUCUUUUACGAACCUCAGGUAUAUAAAAGAGCAAUGGAGAUUUGGGAAACAGAAGAAAAGAUAGAAGAAGAAAGAGAUAAAAGGGAAGACAAUAAAGAAAAAACGAAGCGAAAAAAAUUUGACAAGAAAGUCAAAGAAUUGAGAUUGGCUGUGAGAGGAAGUUUAGCAAGAAAAGACAGAGGACCACAUCAGCAUGAGUAUGGAGAAGAAACAUAUGACGAAGAAGAUGAUAUGUACAGUAAAAAAUGUCUGACAUGUGGACAUAUUGAUACAUAUGAAAAAAUGUAAUGACUGCAAGUGAGGAGAAGAAAGGUUAUUUGUCAAACAGAUCCAAUCCAAGUGAUAUAAUACAACAGUCAUGACAGUCAAUUUUACUGUUGUUUAUUUAAAAACAUUAAGAUCCAAUGUUGUUUAUAGACAUGUUCAUUGUUAUGGUAGACCGAAAAUGUCAGAAAGUGGAAUGUUCACUACAGAAGAUUUGUAAAUUUAUUUAAAACAAGCAUAGAUUUAUAUUGUUUAGCUCUGUAUAGAACUUAUAGGUAAAAAUAAUUUAUAUGUAUGUUGUUACAUGUAUUAAAGAUUUAUUUUUGCUACAUAA